ACUUAUAAGAAGAAACAAAUGUGCUCGGGAGAACUUCAUCGAAAACCUCGAACCAGCAGCAAAAAAAUGGCGACAAGGUUUCCUGCAACGCACAGCCACAGGGCGCCCAGGCUCUUCGGCAGGGAAAGGCCGCUCCAUGCCGCCCUUGGUGGACGCCAAGCCGCGGACAUCAUCCUGUGGAGGAGGAAGGAGGUGUCGGCGUCGAUCCUCGGCGCGGCGACGGCGGCGUGGGUGCUGUUCGAGGUCGCCGAGUUCCACUUCCUCACGCUGGCGUGCUACGCCGCCAUGAUCGCCAUGCUCACCUUCUUCAUCUGGACCAACGCCUCUGGUUUCCUCAACCUGCCUGUUCCAAGAAUCCCUGAAACCCUGUUGUCGGAGAGGACCGCCAGGCAGGUGAUCCUGGGCUUGCACAGGAGGCUCACCUGGUUCGUCUACAGGCUAUACGACAUUGCCUGCGGCAAGGACAUCAAGAUGUUCAUCCUUACGGUGGCGUCUCUGUACAUCGGGUCAGUGAUCGCCAGCUGCUUCAGCUCCCUCACCCUGCUCUACCUCGUUGUGGUGUUCGGCAUGACGGUGCCGGCGCUGUACGAGCGGUACGAGAGCGAGGUGGACCACCUGGCAGCCAGAGCGGUGCACGAUCUCCGGAGCCACUUCGCGGAGAUGGAUUCAGGCGUUCUCAGGAAGAUCCCAAGAGGCGCAGGGGCUACUGUCCACUGAAUUUAACCAUAGUUCUUCAGAGAAUAUACAACAAACCCUGAAGAUGUACAGAGACGGAGCUGCAGAUCUGUAAAUAUGUAGGUUCAGAAUAAGGCUUGAAUUGAGCUGAGAGCCACUGAAACAUCGAUCAUAAGCUAUAGAUUGCAUGGAUUUCGUGGAUCUUCCCUGGCGUGCACUUUACGGUGGUUUGGUGCGAGUGUGUGAUCAGAACACCUUUUACCUA